AUGGUAGAUUGUACUUUAAAGUCGGAUGGGAAGAAGGAGAUCCUCCCAAUUUUCUUUAACGUGGAGCCGGAUGAUGUCAAGCUUAGAACCAAAUUGUACAGAGAUGCUCUGUCUGAGCAUGAGAAGAGGUAUAGCUCCCAUGAAGUGAAGCGCUGGGGAGAAGCUCUUGUUGAGGUUCCGACUAGAGUAGGUUGGAAGCUGGAAGGACAAGGGUAUGGGGAACUUAUAGAAUCGAUUGUUCGAGAGGUUCAACUUAAGUUGAAGGUGAAGAGUAGAUCUCUUCCUGACCAUCUAGUUAAAAUGGAUGACGAAGAAGCUAUAGAGGAAUUGUUGGAUUUUGACUUUGAUGACGUACGAUUUGUCAUAAUCCAUGGGACAGGUGGUAUUGGUAAAUCAACUCUUGCUAAGGUUAUCUUCAAUCGAUUCUUGUUCAAAUUCAACUACUCUAGUUUCCUCGAAGACAUCCAAGACUUGUCACAACGUCAUGGUCUUUUACACGUGCAAAGAAAAUUGUUAUCCGACACACUAGGCUCGAACUCUGUCGAUGGAAUCCAUGAUACUAAUGACGGGAUCAAUCGCAUAAGAAAAGGACUUAGCAACAAAAAGGUUAUGGUUGUUGUUGACAAUGUGACCGAGAAGCAACUUGAGAACCUCGUAGGAAGCGACAUAUGGUUCGGCUCUGGAAGCAGGAUUAUCAUCACAGUCCGGGAUAGAAGAACAAUAAUAGAUAGGACAAUGUCCGAUGAGUACAACCAAAUGGGAUCUAGCUAUUACAUGGACUACCCAAUGAAGGAGAUGUCUUUGGAUCGAGCAAUUCAGCUUUUUAGCAAGCAUGCCUUCAGAAAUGAUGCUCCUCCAAAAGAUUGGCACAAUUUCUCGACAGAAGUCGUGUCAAGCAUAGGAAGGCUUCCUUUGACCCUGGAAGUCGUGGGUUCUCUUUUUGCCCGCACGAUCAAUGAGGACAAUAAGUUCUGGAUGCAUGAUGAACUUAAAGCCCUAGGAAGGUACAUUGUCAAGGAAGAGAGUUUUGAAGAUGCUGGAAAGCGUCGUUGGGUGUGGAUUGAUGAGAAUAUGCUAGACAUACUGAGGAGCAGUGAGGAAAAACGAAGAGUACGAGCACUCAGUUUGGGUAUUAGUCAUGACUUAACCCCUGAAGAAUUAGCCCCACGGGCGAAAAAGUUGAAAAUUAUAGAUUUGACGCGCUGCAAAAUGUUGACCAAGACACCUGAUUUUUCUGAGUUUGGCAAGUUGAAGAAAUUGAUUCUCGCUGAUUGUGUGAAUUUGUCUGCAAUUGAUAGCUCAAUCGGUAAGCUAAAACUGCUAAGUACUUUGAAUAUCGCUGGAUGUGAUUCCCUCGAAGGGUUGCCCAAAGAAAUUGGUUCUCUAGAAUGCUUGAUGGAGAUUAUCAUGCCCUCUAGUUCCGAACCGUUCAAGUUUCCUAAGACACUAGGCAAUCUAAGAUCUUUGAUGAAGUUUGAAAUUCGAUCUCAUGAAGGUAUUAGCCAACUUCCUCACUCUAUUGGAAGGCUAACAAAUCUCACACACUUGCUUUUGAUUGGGUGCAAGUAUCUACAUGAGCUUCUAGACAUUAUUGAGGAACUUGAAUCAUUGGUCGAGUUGGAUUUACGAGAAUCGGGGAUCUACGUUCUACCUAAUUCUAUUGGAAAUAUGAAGAGAUUGAAAAUCAUGAGGUUGGCAUGCACAAAGAUACAAAUGAUACCUUGUGCUCUUGGAGGGGUGGAGACACUUGAAGUGCUAGAUGCCUCAUUUUGUUGGAGUCUCAAGCAUGCAAUCCCGUGGGAAAUGUGGAGCUUGACCCGUCUAAAAAUCUUGGAUUUAGAAUGGAGUCCAAUCCCUACAGUGCCACCAAGGAUCAAUGGUUUCUCUAGUCUCCAAACACUUAAAAUUGGAAGCAACCAGCUUUCGCAGUUGCCAGAGCUUCCCUCAAGUUUGAAAUACUUAUGUGUUAGAACUGCUAAAUUCCCUUUCCUUCCCGACCUCUCGAACCUACUGCGUUUAGAAUUACUCUAUGUGCGAAGCAAACAUCCAAGUAAUUCAUCCUGGAGCGCGGAUGAGAUUAUCUCGCCUUGGGAGGACGCGCAGUCCAUCAAUCGGCUUCCACGUAGCUUAUCAAGCUUGACUCUUAGCUGGAUCCCCCAGCUGCCAGAUUUUUCCGACUUCAAAAACUUGUCGUUUCUCUCCAUCGAAGGAUGUCCGAUGCCACACUUCCCCGUCCUUAAAUACUUGGAGAGAUUAGGGGAAUUGAUGAUACUGUCGUGCAUAUUCCUGGAGAGUACACCCAAUCUAUCGUGCUUGAAGAGGCUGCGAGAGUUGCAUCUCACUGACUUACACAAAAUGGCAGAGAUUACAGGUUUGGGGGAACUGGAAUCGCUGAAGGUACUAAAAAUUUCUCGGUGUGAUAUAAUCGAACAAUUGCCUAGCCUUUCGAAAUUGAAAAAUCUGGCGGAUCUCGAAUUAGAUUAUUGUGGAAAGAUGAGAGAUGUCAAAGGCCUAAAAGAAUUGAAUCUUUUGAAGCAUGUGAAGAUCAAACAAUGCAUGUCCUUGAAAAGUUUGCCUGACAUGCCAUCAUUGACCAAGUUGAAGACAGAUUGGAUGCCUGCAAAACGCUCAUUUCGGGUAUUGUGGAACAAAUAA